AUGGAGCCGGCCUCCGGCUUCUGCGAGGAGGACAAGGACCUGGACUUCUACGACUUCGAGCCGCUCCCCACGCUGCCCGAGGACGAGGAGAACGUGUCGCUGGCCGACAUCCUGUCGCUGCGGGCCCGGGGGCUGAGUGAGCAGGAGGCCUGGGCCGUGUGUCUCGAGUGCAGCCUGGCCAUGCACAGCGUGGCCCACUCCCCACUCUUCCGGACGCUGUGCAUCACGCCUGACACGCUGGCCUUCAACACCAGCGGCAACGUGUGCUUCAUGGAGCAGCUCAGCGAUGACCCUGAGGGCGCCUUUGUGCCCCCAGAGCUGGAUGUGACGGGGAACACCUUUGAGGCGCACAUCUACUCCCUGGGGGCCACGCUGAAGGCGGCCCUGGACUACGCGGUGGAGCCCGAGCCGGAGCCCAGGCUGAGCGCGGAGCUGGAGACGCUGCUGAGCCAGAUGCAGGCGGAGGAGCCCGCAGACAGACCCCGCCUGGAGAGCGUCAUCGCGCUGUGCCGGGAGAAGACGCGGCCCGCGUCCUCCUGCCACCUGUGCCGGAGCCUCUCUGCCGUCGGCAGACGCGUGCUCUCCAUCGAGUCCUUUGGAGCCUUCCAGGAUAUGAACGACAGCACCUGGAGGGCGGUGCCUGCGCCGAGAAGCGUGGGGCCCAGAAGGCCUCCAGGGGACCUUGGCACUGACCUAGAGGGCCUGCCCCAGCCCCCCAUCUCUGGGGAGCCCAGCCUGCGCCACAGACCCCUGCCCCCCAAGCCACUGCCAUCAGCCCCUAUGAAGAACGGGGACAGCCACUGCCAGGAGGGGCUGGCCAGCCUCGUCCUGGACCCCCUGAGCCCCCUGAGUGAGCUGGACAGAGACCUCCUCAAGAGGAGCCACCUGCGGCGCACGCACACGUCCCCCAGGCCCCUGCCCAAGGGCCCCGAGGCCACUGCCUCCGACCCUGGAGCCCAGCUGCCCCCGCCUGUGAGCUCCCCUGCGGGCCCCAGGAAGGCCAUGCUGGACGGAAGGAAUGGCCUCUCCAGGGUCAAGGUGCAGCUGGAGCAGGAGCCACAGCCCCAGCACACGGGGGCACCAGGCCCAGGCUGCAGUGGAGAUGGGGGCCCCAAGUCCUCAUGCUCUAGCCAGGGGCCUGCCGAGCAGAGGUCCCUGCCCUGUCCCGAGGCCACUCAAGGUGCAGGUGGUGAAGCUGAGAUACCCAUGGGUGACGAGGAGACUCCCGGAGUGGCACCCACGGAGCAGGACCUGUCCCUGCAGGACCUCCUGUGCAAGCUGGGCCGGCCCUUCAGGGAGUACGAGCUGUGGGCCCUGUGCCUGGCCUGCCUCCGCGCCCUGCAGGUGCCCACGGAGCCCCCAGCCUACCUGUGCCCGGACUCCGUGCUGGUGGCCGAGGACGGGACGGUGCUCCUCAGGCCGGCCCCUGACAAUGGGCCCUGCGACUCCUUCUUCCUGGCUCCUGAGGCGGCCGAGCAAAAGCCGGUGACCGAGAAGGCCUCCAUGUACUGUGUGGCUGCCGUGCUGUGGACUGCCGCCAAGUUCAGUGUGCCCCGAGACCACAAGCUGACUCUGCCACGCCGACUCAGGACUCUCCUCCUGGACAUGGCCAGGCGCUGCGCCCCAGAGCGGCCGUCUGCGGCUGAGGCCAUCAAGGUGUGUGGCAGUUACCUCCUUCAGCGAGGCAUGGACAGCAGGAAGAUCUUAGCCCACCUGAGGGCGUCCACCUGCAAGGUGCCCCAGCAGGAGGAGACCAUCACUCUGCAGAAGCCUCGCCCAGGUGGGCCCCCAAACAGCCCUCCUGCCCCCCAACCCCUGCCAGGCUUCCUGCCCGUCGUUGGCAGUGACGUGAGGCUGCUGGUGGUGCCGGGACCUGUGCCUGCCCCUCCCUCCUGCGACUCUGGGGCCCAGGAGCUGCCGGCAGCCUUCACCUCGGAGGCCACUCACUUCCGACCGGUUGUCCUGGCGCAGGAUGCAGGUGAGGCCAGGGAGCGGCUCACCUCAUCCCCGGGGCUGGCCGAGAGCCCCAAGGACAAAGAGGGUGAGGGGUGGCCGGGCACCCAGGUCCUCUCGGAGGCCCCCAGCCUGAAGACAGGAGACCUGCCAACACCCAACCCCGGGCCGCAAGGAGUAGCUGCAGACCCUCCCGGGGAGCUGGGGCUGCCCGGCCUUGCCGAGGGGGGCUGCUGUGCUCCAGCCCCCGCCCUGGCCCUGCCCCCGGAUCAAGGGAUGGAGGGGCAGGACCCGCCCAUAGCCACCUCCCCCCGAGAGCCCACCCUGGCCGACCGCAGCCCACGGCACCCUCGCAAGCCGCCCAGGCACAAGGCCACCGAGCGCCAGGGCCCAGAGCCAGAGAGCACCCGUUCCACCCCACGGGGCACCGCCAGGGCCUCAGCGACUCCAGACAGCCCCGGGAGCACCUCUGCCAGGGGGCACGGUGACCCCGAGAGGCCUUGGCCGGCAGAGCGCAGGCCCUGUCCGUCCAGUGUAGACGCCCCGUCCCCGCCGAGGACGGCCUGCCGCUCCCUGCAGGAGGCCACGCGGCUCAUCCAGGAGGAGUUUGCCUGUGACGGCUACCUGGACAACGGGCUGGAGGCCCUCAUCAUGGGGGAGUACAUCCACGCCCUGAGGGACCUCACCUUCGCCACCUUCUGCGGGGCCGUAGCUGAGAAGUUCUGCGACCUCUCCUGGGAGGAGCGGCUGCUGCGGAGGCUGUUCCAGGUGGUGAACGGGGGCUCGCCCCAAGAGCAAGGGCCGUCGUCCGUGUGCUCCGGCAGCUGCUCCCUCGCCAGCAAGAGGCCCUCGCUGCGCGGAUCAGGCAAAGAGAAGCCCAGCGAGGCGUGGGUCAGCGGAGCGCCCUGCCCACCCCCUGCGCUGGCCGACCUGGACGCCGAUGGGCUCUCCCGGGGCAACCUGGAGGUGGGGUUUCGGUCUCAGAAGUCAGUGAAAGGCGCAAGAGAGCAGCAGCCGGAGGCGGAUGCCGGUGGGCAGCAAGGCUCGGUCCCUGAGCCGUCCAGUGGGGCCUCAGAGGCGGGCUCAGCGGCCAGGCUGGCCUGGCCCCAGGAAGGCGGCCUGGUGGCAUCCCCAGGCCCAGCGGAGUUCCGGAGCUGCAGUCCGGGCUGGUCCAGUGCCUUCUACGAGGCCGACUGCUUUGGGCCGGAUGUCCACAACUAUGUGAAGGACCUGGGGAGGCAGAAGGCCGGCGGGUGUCCCGAGCCUGAGGCCCAGAGCCCGGAGCUUGACCAGCAGCUCCUGAUAGAGAAAAGAAACUACCGGAAGACCCUCAAGUUCUACCAGAAGCUCUCACAGAAGGAGAAGCGCAGCAAAGGCUCCGAGGUGAGGUCCAUGCUGUCCAAGCUGAGAGGGCAGCUGGAGGAAAUGCGAGCCAAGGUGCAGCUGCUGGGCCUGGUCAAGAAAUACCUGCAGGUCCUGUACGCCGAGCGCUGGGGCCUGGAGCCCUGCGCCCUGCCGGCCAUCGUGAACAUCGCGGCCGCCCCGGGGGACACGCUGGACUUCAGCCCCCUGGACGAGUCCUCCUCCCUCAUCUUCUACAACGUCAACAAGCAGCCGGGCGGCGGCCGGCAGAAGGCAGCCCGCGUCCUGCAGGCCGGCACGCCCCUGGGGCUCAUGGCCUACCUGUACUCCAGCAACGCCUUCCUCGAGGGCUACGUGCAGCAGUUCCUCUACACCUUCCGCUACUUCUGCACCCCCCACGACUUCCUGCACUUCCUGCUGGACCGCAUCAGCAGCACCCUGUCCAGGGCCCACCAGGACCCCAGCUCCACCCUCACCAAGAUCUACAGGCGCAGCCUGUGCGUGCUGCAGGCCUGGCUGGAGGACUGCUACACCGUGGACUUCACCAGGAACACCGAGCUGCUCCGGCAGCUGCAGGACUUCCUCUCCUCCAAGAUCCUGCCCCUGGAUGGCUCUGCAGAGCACCUGCUGGGCCUCCUGGAGGUGGGCGUGGACCGGCGGGCUGAGGGCGCCCCCCGGGGCAUGGACCUGGAGGACCCCAAGGAGGCCGAGGAGGACACCGGCCCCUUCAAUGCCCUCUGUAAGAGGCUCUCAGAGGACGGCAUCUCUCGGAAGGGCUUCCCCUGGAGGCUGCCCCGGGGCAAUGGGCUGGCACUGCCCCAGCACAAGCGCCGCCCCUACAGCAUCGCCUCAGCCCUGCCCAAGCCCUGCUUCUGCGAGGACUUCUACGGUCCCUACAGCAAGGCCAGCGAGAAGGGCCCCUACUUCCUGACCGAAUACAGCACCCGCCAGCUGUUCACUCAGCUCACACUGCUGCAGCAGGAAUUGUUUCAAAAAUGCCACCCUGUCCACUUCCUAAACUCACGGGCCCUGGGCGUCACGGACAAAAGCACAGCCAUCCCCAAAGCCAGCGCCUCGGAGCCUCUGUCGGCCAAGCCCUGCAGCUUGUUUCUGUCCAGCUGCCCCCAGGACAGGUACCUGCUGCAGCUCCUGAGGCACGCAGACGACGUGGGCACCUGGGUGGCCGCCGAGAUCGCCACCAGCCACACACCCAAGCUGCAGGUGAACUUGCUGUCCAGGUUUUUGCUGAUUGCGAAAUCUUGCUACGAGCAGAGGAACUUUGCCACAGCCAUGCAGAUUCUGGGUGGGCUGGAGCACCUGGCCGUGAGACAGUCCCCUGCCUGGAGAAUUCUCCCUGCCAAGAUGGCCGAGGUCAUGGAGGAGCUGAAGGCCGUGGAGGUCUUCCUGAAGAGUGACAGCCUGUGUCUCAUGGAGGGUCGGCGCUUCCGUGCCCAGCCCACCCUGCCCUCUGCCCGCCUCCUGGCCAUGCACGUCCAGCAGCUGGAGACGGGCGGCUUUACCAUGACCAACGGGGCCCACAGGUGGAGCAAGCUCAGAAGCAUAGCUCGGGUGGUGAGCCAGGUGCACGCCUUCCAGGAGAACCCCUACACCUUCAGCCCCGACCCCAAGCUGCAGGCCCACCUGAGGCGCAGGAUCGCCCGCUUCAGCGGGGCCGACGUUGCCCUCUUGGCCGCGGACAGCAAGGCCAACUCGCUCCCGGUGCCCAGCGAGAAGCACGCACGGAAGAUCCAAGACAAGCUCCGCAGGAUGAAAGCCACGUUCCAGUAG